AUGAGAAGUUGGAUACGAGGAACCGUCUUAGGUGAUGCCAUUCGUCAUUUGCUUGGUUCUCGCUGGUUGAGCUAUCCUGAAGACGAUCCAACAUUCGACUUCCGUCAAGUUAAAAGUGCUCCAGGCGUGGACGAGCAUUCCCACAGGGACCUUGAGAGCGGUCAAGGAACCUUUCGAUAUGUGGAGAAGCUGUGCACUGCGACCAAAGCUGAUAAGAGCUUCAUAAUCGACUGGUAUACGCCUGAUGAUCCAGAAAGCCCCUCAAAUUGGUCUCUGGGGCGUAAAUCAUGGGUGAUAAUUCUCAUUUCUGUUUACACAUUCAUCGUCUAUUGUGGAUCGUCCAUUUUCAUUCCUAGUUAUGAGUUCAUGAUGCUUCGAUAUGGCGUUUCUAUAGAGGUUGUUCAACUAACCUUGGCUCUCUAUGUUGUCGGAUACGGUGUCGGCCCUUUAAUCUUCUCGCCCUUGAGCGAAAUCGCUUGCAUCGGUCGCAACCCUCCUUAUGUAUUAUCCUUUAUACUGUUUGUGAUCGUGUCUAUUAUCCUCGCAGUCAUAGAUAGCUUUCCAGCCAUCGUCGUACUGCGCUUUCUUCAGGGCUUCUUUGGCAGUCCAAGCUUGGCCAGCGGAGGUGCCUCGAUCCAGGAUAUGUUUUCGCUGAUUGACGCCCCCUAUGGAUUCAUAUUUUGGGUUAUUGGGUUUUAUUGUGGCCCGGCCUUGGGACCUUUAUUGUCAGCCUAUGCGGUGACCUCCGACUGGCGCUGGCCUCUGUGGGAGAUUGUUCUAAUGGGCGCACCAUUGCUCCUCGUUAUCAUCUGUCUGCUGCCCGAGACGUCGCAUGAAACCAUUUUGCUUCGCCGAGCCCAACGCCUUCGCCGUUUCCAUCCAGCAGUUUUGGCCCCAGCAGAAACCAAAAGGCUUGACUUCCAGGCCAUAUUAAUCGACGCAUUGAUUAAGCCACCUGAAAUCGCAGCCAAGGAUCCAGCUAUCGCAUAUAUGUGCAUUUACUCGUCGUUGGUGUAUGCCAUCUAUUAUUCAUUCUUCGAGGCCUUCCCCAUUGCCUACGGCAGUGUAUAUCAAAUGACCCAAACCACGUUGAGCUUGAUAUACCUCUCCCUCAUUGUUGGGUGUGCAUUAGCCGCGGUGCUCUAUGCAGCGUACCUGAAGUACAUUUUUAUUCCUCGGUGCCACAACGAAGACCCCAGUCAAGAAGACCGUCUGAUUCCGGCACUCCCUGCUGCCUGUUUGCUCGCUGUUGGUCUUUUCAUGUUUGCAUGGGCAGCUCGACGCUCGGUUCACUGGAUUGUGCCUACCAUCGGCAUCGCCAUAUAUUCUGGGUCGUCAUUUGUCGUCUUUCAGGCGAUCAUCGUCUACGUACCGCUGUCGUACCCACGUUAUGUGGCCUCGCUCUAUGCGGCGAGCGACGUUACUCGAUCCAUAACCGCCGCAGGCUUCGUCAUGUUCGCGCGGUAUAUGUACCUUGAGCUGGGAAUUGGGAAAGGGGUUACCGUGCUGGCGGGUCUAUCGGUUGGUGGUAUCUUUGGGAUGAUUUUUAUCUAUUUGUAUGGCGCGAAGUUGAGAGCGCGUAGCAAGUUUGCCGUUGGGGAUUGA